GCGGUUGGUAGAAAUGACGUGCACACUGGUUGGGGAAGUGUUCGUGUUUGUGCAGGGAUGUCUUGUUCAAAGAAGCUCAGCUGUUUCGCACAGUAAGCGUAUCAUGGCUGCAACUUCGGCAAUGAUGGGAGUAUUACCGUUCCUGUUAGACCUACUGUCCAUGGUCCCCGCUGGAGCUCAGGUAAUUUGUCUGAGUGACAUGUAUGGCACGAUCAACUCCCCGAACUUUCCAGAACCCUACCCUAAAGAGUCCGAGGUCCGCUGGAACAUAAGCGUUCCCGACGGGUUCCAAAUCAGACUUUACUUCCUGCACUUCGACCUAGAACCCUCCUACCUCUGUGAGUACGACUAUGUCAAGGUCAGGGUGCUGGUGUCCUGCCGAUGGUGUUAUUUGCACACCCCAGCAGUUCUACAAUCUAAGGUGGAGGCUAAUGGAGAGGAGCUGGCAGUGUUCUGUGGGCGCGAGGACAGUGACACAGAGCAGGUCCCAGGAGAGCAGGUCAUCAGCUCCCCUAGGAGCUCCUUCAGUGUCUCCUUCCGGUCCGACUUCUCCAAUGAGGAACGCUUCUUGGGCUUCGAGUCCCACUACAGCGCUGUCGAUGUGGAUGAGUGUAGGGACAGGAACGAUGAGGAUCUGGCCUGUGACCAUUUCUGCCACAACUACAUCGGUGGCUACUACUGCUCCUGUCGCUAUGGCUACCUGCUGCAUUCUGACAACAGGACAUGUCGAGUGGAGUGCAGUGAUAAUGUGUAUAUGGAGCGGUCAGGGGUGCUUUCCAGUUCCGACUUCCCCAACCCCUACCCCAAAAGCUCUGACUGUCUGUACCACAUUGAGCUGGAAGAUGGAUUCCUGCUCAGCCUGGAGUUUGAUGACACCUUCGACAUUGAGGACCACCCUGACGUCACCUGUCCCUACGACUAUGUCAAGAUCCAGGCUGGAGAGAAGGAGUAUGGUCCGUUCUGUGGUGACCGGCCACCAGGCAAGAUCCAGACAGAGAGCAACAAGGUCCAGGUGUUCUUCCACAGUGAUAACUCUGGAGAGAACAUCGGCUGGAGGCUCUCCUACACCUCUUCAGGAAGGAGUCAUUGUCCCGUCCCUGUGAAGCCCCUCUAUGGCCAGCUGGAUCCGGUCCAGAUCCAGUACUCCUUCAAAGACCACAUCCUGGUUUCCUGUGACCCAGGAUACAGACUGAUAAGGGAUGGAGAGGAACUGGAGCACUUUCAGAUCGAGUGUCAGAAAGAUGGCUCAUGGAACAGUUUUGUCCCACUUUGUGAAAUGGUGGAUUGUGGGACUCCUGUUGAGGUUGCCAUGGGUGACGUCAUCUUCGAGAGCUCUGGCAACAGCACCCUGUUCGGUUCUAUAAUCCAGUACAUCUGCAGGGAGUCCAUGUACCAGAUUCACCCCAAGAUCAACAGUAUGUACACCUGUGGAGAGAAGGGAGAGUGGACCAACUCAGAACAUGGGACUAAAACUCCUACCUGUUUGCCAGCAUGUGGGGAGCCGUCCCAGCCCUUCCCAGCACAGAUUAAGCGUAUCGUCGGGGGGCGUAGCACUGUGCCAGGUCUCUUCCCCUGGCAGGUCCUCCUCACCGUGGAAGACAUGUCCCGUGUCCCGGAGGACCGCUGGUUCGGGAGCGGUGCCCUGCUCUCUGAGUCUUGGGUCCUCACCGCCGCUCACGUCCUGCGCUCCCAACGCCGCGGCGCCACCGUAGUGCCUGUGGCGCCCGGACACGUCCGAGUCUACCUAGGCCUGCACGACGUCCGUGCCAAGCAAAACGCCACCAACCGCUCUGUGGAACAAGUCAUCCUCCACCCUCACUUCGACCCUCGCAACUACAACAACGACAUCGCCUUGGUCAAGCUGAGUCAGGCGGUGCCAGUGGGGGAGCUGGUGCGGCCCGUCUGCCUGCCCCCUCCCCAGGGCAAAGACAGGCCCCAGAGCCCCCAGCUCAACACCCUGGGCCUGGUGGCCGGCUGGGGCAUCUCCAACCCCAAUGCCUCUGUGGCCGCUGACAUCACCGCGCUCUCCUCUGACCUGGGCAUGGUGUCGGACGUGCUGCAGUAUGUCAAGCUGCCUGUGGUGGCACAGGAGGAGUGUAAGGCCAGCUAUGCAUCACGCUCCAUCAACUACAACAUCACUGACAACAUGUUCUGUGCCGGCUUCUACGAGGGUGGGCGUGACACGUGCCUGGGGGACAGCGGGGGGGCGUUCGUGAUGGAGGAGCCCGGAAGCGGGCGCUGGGUGGCCCAAGGCCUGGUGUCAUGGGGGGGCCCGGAGGAGUGUGGGAGCCAGAGGGUUUAUGGAGUUUACACCCGGGUGGCCAACUACGCCGAUUGGUUGCAGAGCCAACUGGGGACGGGGCCGUGGUGGUGAGAGGGAAUAAGGGGGCUCAGUUACAUCACGAUGACAAGCAAUUUCCAUGUCCAUGUCGUCCCCUACAUAACUCCUCUCUUCAAGGUUGGGGAUCAAGUCCAUUUAAAUUCAGCUUUAUUUAGGAGAUGAGUUGGAUGAUGAAAUAAUAUAAUUCUUUAAAACCUUUUAAUUGACACCACCCAACGUUAUAUUUUUAUUUUCUAUUAUGAAUUCAAAGGAUUAUCUCCAACUCAGUCCACACAUGAUACCUGAAAAGCUGAUCAUGAAUUAUUGUACUCCAACAAUACACUCCAACCUCAUCUUAUCACACUCAUAACCCCUUAUAUUUUAUAUGAUCGUGUCAAUUACGUCCCGAUGACAAGCAAUUCCAUGUCAAACUCGACUUGAAAUCCUUGUGCAUUCUUAUAUGAUAAACUCCAAUGUAUCAUUCAUGUGCUCUCAGAUACAAACUGUACUCCUAAACCCAUAUAAUGCUGUAGCCAUUUAUAUCUGGCAAGUUACCCCUAACAUAUAAGAGUAGGGACAUACUGCACAUGUCAUUUAAUUAUGUUUUAUAAUUUGCACAUGGCAUUGACCAGUAUUAUUUUGUAUUUCCUUGACAUUAUCAUGGAUGGUAAAAUUGAUAACGAAAUAACCACAUAUUUUGAGAAGGCAUUGAAAUGCUGUUGUGUUACUGAGGUUCUGUUCUUCUUGAUCCCUCUCAGACCAUAGCUACCAGCAUUGGUGUCAGAUUAAAUGUUUCUGCAGUGGAAUUGACAAUUUAACCAUGUCCAUGUGCUUUCGACAUUGUGGAUUAAAAUCUAGUCAAUUGUGAAUUAAAAUAUAAUCAAUUCAACUUUA